GGCACCGGGAUAUCUCCCCCAUUGUUUCCUCCCCCACAAAUCUCAUCUUCUUCUCGUUAGGGUUAGGUCUCUCCGGCGCGGCGCGGCGCAAUCCGCAAAUCCCGACGACGGUGCCCCCCUGAGCCAAGCAACGAGCGGAUCCACUCGAUCUAGUCCCAUGGCCACGGCGGUGCUCAGAUCCCACGACGCGCUCGCCAACAGGAUGCAUCUCGACGCCUUCGCCGCCUCCCCCCAGGCCGCCAAGCAGCGCCGCCGGCGCCACCCCAAGCCGGCCUCGCCGCCGCCCAAGGUGGUCGCCGGCUCUUCGCCGCCAAAGCCGGCUCUUUUGGCGUCUCCGGCGUUGAAGCAGGCCCCCGCGGCCGGCCGUCGGUCCCCGCCGGCGAAGCCUGCCCGCAAGCAGCCGUCCCCGACCAAGGAGAAGCCCCGGCAGCAGCCCAUCGUGAUGGAGGCCGUCCGGAUCCUCAAGCGUGGCGAGGAGCCCCCGGCCCCCUCACCCGCCCCUUCACCUGUCCAGGCCCGGGCGCAAGCCCCGCCCGCGGACAGGCGUCUGUGGUCUCCCUCCCCUGCCUCACCGCCCGUCGUCAAGGCCCGGCCCCAAGCCCCGCCAGCGGACAGGCGCGUACGGUCUCCUCCCCCAGCCUCGGCACCUAUCGCGUCGGCCCGGGCGCAAGACCCGCCGGCCGACAAGAGGGCGCUCCGGACCACCAGCCGGAUCGGCCCGCAGCAACCUGCCGUCGUCCCGACUAAAAAGAUGGUGCCAGUCGCCAUCGCAACCAGCUACGCGGGCCCGGCGUUCUCCGCCGCGGCCCCGGAGCCGAGCUCCCUUCCCCUCCCAGGGUUCUUCUUCCGGCGCGCAGAGGAAGAGGCCACCCGCGGCCUCCGGUGCCUGCUCCGCAUCGGCGAGCUCUCAUGAUGACGGCUCCCCCUCCAGCAGCAGCGUGUGCGCCCCCUCCGCGGCCGCGCCGUUCUGCUCUGCUCCGUCCUCCCCCUCGUAUCACCGCCUCUCCACCGGAGCAACAACAAGAAGAAGAGUUCGGUGUGCGGAUGGAUCCGGCGGCAAGCUUGGCCGGAUCAGAUCCCGGCUCCGUUCCGAUCGAACCCUUCCGGUAUUUUUUCAGAGGAAGGGUCAUCGGGGGAGCGGAGGUCCGGCGGUAGGGUUUGGUGGUGGUUGCUUUAGGUUCGCGCGUUGCUGCUGCUGCUGCACAGGUGUUUGGUUCGCCUUGAUGUCGUUAGGUAGCUUGUUAAUUGUCGGUCAGUCAGAACGAUUAAGGGUUGGUUCUUGGUUUAGGUGGCGAUGAUCUGGUAGCUAGGGAGUGGGUCUCAGGUUUGGUUGCAGUGAUGAUAAUAAUUGAAGUUUAUGUGUGCGUGUGUGGGUUGAAGGUUGAGUUUAAGGUAUGAGUUAUGAGGUAAGUUAUAUAUACUGAGACUGAGAAGUAUGGAGUAGUUGCAUCAUCAGCUGAGCUAUGUGUAGUUGGUGUAGCAACUGAGAAGUGUGUGCAUCAGCUAGGCUAUGUGUAGUUGAUCUAGCAACUGAGUUUAUCUCCUAGGUAAGAGUUGUUCAUGUUCCUUUGUAAGAUAUCGAAGUCUGUAUCGGUCGAUGAUAGUGUUAUAAUCCGUGAAAUAAAAUAUGUCAGUGGUAGAUUAUAGAUUA